AAAGAUUCAAUAAUGCUACAACAAUGGUCCGUCCUUUUUGCAUCAACACACCUCCCGAAUUUGAACAUCAGAUGGGCAGUCGAAAUAAGGGCAAGAGAAACACUGGUAUAGGCGUCGAGAGACUGCAGUUUACUAGUAGAAUUCUGCCAAUACGCCAUCUAGAUCCUGCGACAAAGACGGAAUACUGAAUAUUCAAAAUGAAGAUUAUUUUGGAAGUACUCUCAAUGGUCUUCUUGGUUUUCCAUGGAACGAUAGCCCAACCGUUCACGCCUGAUGAGAUAGAUCGUAUUGACAACUUCAUGUUGGAGGCCAUGGACUGCUUCGGCUACACUGGCCUCAUGGUCAGCAUGGUCAGAGGGGGUCAGACUGUAUUUGCUAGAGGUUAUGGUAAAGCUGAGGAUUACGGUGAAGAUCUUUUAGACAUAGAUGCUACUCCACAAACCAUCUUCCCCAUUGCAUCUUGCAGCAAACACUUCACUGGAACAAUACUUGGUCACGUAAUAGAAAAUACAAAUUACACUUGGGACACGCCCAUCUACAACAUCCUCAAGGACUAUGGCGAAGACGUGCACUUCAAUGAUAUCCACAGGACCAGAGAGAUGACUCUGCGAGACAUGUUGGCACAUAGACAUGGUAUCCCUGGGCACGAUAUUAUCCUUGCUGCAGACACAUUCAGUAGAGAAGAGAUGGUGCAGCGAAUACGGUUUUUCCGCCCAACGUCACCUAUAAGGAACAACUGGGACUACAACAAUAUAUUGUACGGACUUGCGGCCUACGUGGGUGAGAAGAUAACCGGGAAAACAUGGGACGAUCUCCUGAAGGAGGAAUUUUGGGAUAAAUUAGGGAUGACCUCUACGUCUACGCUUCUUCUAGGGAACAGAACCAAUUAUGAAGGAUUUGCCAGGGCCCAUGUUAACCUGCUAGGAGAUACCAUUCUAGGUCCUCUUGAUAUGGGGACAUUUAGCGGUGUAGCACGUGGUGCAGCCGGGGCCGGAGGGGUGGCUAUCAGCGCAGAGGACAUGGGCAAGUGGAUGAAUUUUCAAAUGGGAGCAAACGACUUCGAUGACAUCAUUAAUCCUCUGAUUUUUGACGAUGUUAGGGGGUCGUCAAGUUUAACCAGAAGGUUCAUUGGCCCCGGAAGUGUAGUUCCCAGACGAGAGUUCUACUCCGGGAGCGACAGGUACAGUCUGGGCUUCCACAGUGGCUGGUGGAGAGGACACCCGUCAUUUACCCACAGUGGGAGUCUUGUCAUGUACACCUCCCACAUGGGACUACUUCCCUACGCCAACAUAGGUGUCGCGUCUGCCAUCAACAACCCCGGAAGUGGAAUGAGUCAGAUUCGGCAAUUUGGUUACGACAUGCUCCUUGGCCUUGAACCGGUCAUGAAUAUCACCCGAGCCUGUGGUGAUAUGCGAAGACAGGCCCUUGAGGACGAACAAGAGGAGGACGACUAUGAAGAUUACGGACUUAAAAUGGGCUUACAAACCGUGAUUAAAUCACUCGGUAAUCUGAACCUCCAGAAAAUGCAGAAGAAGAUCAAAGAAAAGAGCAAACUCGGAGUUCCAUUGACAAGUGAUGGUGAUCUUAAUAAAUUAUUUGAGGCUAUUGGCAAUAUGAAACCGGGAGCAAAGAAGAUUGCGAGAUCGAAGAAACAUCGUGUUCGAAGACAAGGAGAACGUCCACUAGAAGACUAUACUGGGACAUUUGGCAACUUCGCCUAUGGUAAUGUCACCAUUGCGUUAUACCCAGACGAUCCCGAUGACGCGUUUGAUGGUGACCUUCUUCUGAUCUACAGUUGGAUUGAACUCACUUUAGAUCGUAGCGAGGAGAAUCCUGAUCACUUUGACUUGAGUCUGCUAGGUCUCAUUGAGCCUUUUGAAUUCCCUGUUAGUUUCUCUGCAAGGGGUCCUUCUGGGGCAAUUGACACUGCUGAAAUCCCGCUUGACCCCAGGGAUGGACCAUACACAUAUACAAGGGAUCUUAAGUUUGCAGAUGCCCCACCACCCGACAGCGUCGAGUGUCCCACCCCGGCACCUUGUGGACCAGGGAACUAGAUAACCGCGUUUCCUUAAUUAGUUUUAAUUUUGAUGUUAAAUAU